UUUUAUGCGAAAACCGCCACGAUCUUGUUUACGUGCUUAACAACAGGAAGUUUUACGUGUACAUAUAAUGAUAUAUAUGCAUGACACAAAUGGAAAAUGUGCACAUUAUUUAGAGCAUUUGUCAUAUUUCAAAACUGGACAUUGCACAUCAUAUAAACAGUGCAGUAUAACCCAGCGUAAGCCGGUGCUAGGGUGAGUAAGGUGUGUUACCCUCAUGAACAGACUCCGUCAAACCGAAUCUGCUAUUAUGUUGCUUGGUGGCAUUCCAUACUUCCAAAGGAUCUUUUCUAAUAAAUAAACAGAACACCUUUCAGGUAGAAAAGUUAUAAAAUGGUUGAUUGCUCCACAACAAUUCGCAGGAUGGAUAGAGUGAACAAAUUCCUCCUCAUGUCUAUUGCGUGCAUUGUGACAAUCAUAAAUAUGGGUCUCGUGUUUUCCUUCGGCAGUCUCUUUGUGGCCUUGAUGGAGAAAUUUCAGACAGAUCGGUCAACAACUGCAGCCGUGCAAUCACUUCUUGUAGGUGUGACUUUAAGUUUUGGUGUUGUAAGCGGCAUUCUUAUUUCAAGGAUAGGGAUUACCUUGGUGACGUUUAUUUCCGGUAUUUUGGUGACAGCAGGAUUUUGCAUGUCUUACUUUGCAGUCAGUAUAUACUAUCUGUAUGUAAGCAUAGGAGUUGUCUCUGCUACAGGAAUAUCUAUGGCAUUCAUCAGUAGCUUGACAAUCGCUGGUCAAAUGUUUACUGGAACAGAAAGUCUGGUAUUUAUAUCUAUAUUAAAUACAUCCAUAUCAGUUGGCGCACUCAUUUAUCCGUUUUUCUUAGAAUGGCUUCAAGAAAGUUACGGGCUGCUAGGAACAUAUCUUAUACUAGGCGGGAUCACAUGUAACACUUUCACCUUAUUUGUAAUUUGUUAUAUGAAUCAGCUGGUCGUGAAAGAAUCUGCAUCGAAAACCGGAUCAAUUGGUAACAUUAUCGAUAGCGUGGCAUCCAUACAGAAUUCUAAAGCACAUUCUAAACGAAAAAAGGUUCGAUAUUUUAGCGAUCUUAUUUCUGUUCCAUAUUUGUGUCUACUGUUUGCCGUGGGAUUUUCGGUCGCUGCAUUAAAUGGAUAUGUUGGACUUAUGUUAGACAUUUCAAUGUGGAAAGGUUUUAGUGAUUCUCAGGGUCUUUUAUCCAUGGAAGUGUACCAUCUGUCAGGUAUUAUACCUAGAUUUCUACCAGCAGUGGUCAAAUACAAGACAAAUAUUAGUGUUUUCGUUUGCGCAAUAAUAUCUGGCGCAUCAAGUUGUAUUGGUCAACUGAUAUUGUAUGUAACGUCUAGUUUUAUACCGUACGUAAUUGGAACGUGUUUAAGUGGUAUAGCUAUUGGUGGAAUAUUAUCAUCAUCGUUGGUCCUAAUUGUAGAAAUAGUUCGUCAGCAACAGAGACCACUAGCAUACGGACUACUUUAUACAGUGGAUGGGAUUCUGUCUACAGCCGCUGGGUAUCUUCUGGGGAAAUUUCGGGAUGUCUCUGAUUCAUAUGCCAGUGUAGUUCUCACAGUGUUUGGCUCACAGCUGUUAGCAACUAUUCUUUUUUGCAUUGCUUUCGCUUCUUGGAAGCAUAAGGUGUCAAAGGCAAUGACACUCGACUCAAAAGAAGCGGAUUUGCUAACUCCUUCGAACCUACAAAAUGGGUGUUCGUAAGAAUGGUGAAUGGAUAUAUCUAUCAGCAUUAGGAGAUUUCUAGUUAUGGUGACAUUUCUUUGUGCUGAUGCAGAAGCAGAAUCUAAAGUUGUCAGACAGACGGGCAUGAAUUGAAACAGAAUGCCAGUCGGACGGAGAGAGUAUCUUUAUAAGUUUUAGGCUUAAUAAUAGGACAAGCAUUAAGUUCUCCUAUCCCAUCAACUACAAUUUAAAUCGAACAACGUGAACUUAAAUAUGAGCCGUGCCAUGAGAAAACCAACAUAAUCGCUUUGCGACUAGCUUGGAUCCAGACCAGCCUACGCAUCCGCGCAUUCUGGUCAGGAUCCAUGCUGUUCGCUUUCAAAGCCUAUUGCAAUUAGAGAAAACCGUUAGCGAACAGCAUGGAUCCUGACCAGACUGCGCGGAUGCGCAGGCUGGUCUGGAUCCAUGCUGGUCGCAAAGCCACUAUGUUGGUUUUCCCAUGGCACGACUCAUAUAUCGUCAGCACAUUUUGUUUAGAGCAUUUUAAACUUCUUCGGAAGUGUGUGUUCUUUGUAUUUGACAUAGUGCGGAUUACAGGUAAGGAUAGAUGCACUGUUAUUAGUUAUUGGGUUUGUUGGUGUUCCUUAGAAAUAUUAUUAGUACAUGUAUGUUAAACGGGAGGUGUGACAUUAGCUGAGUCCCCAUACUUAUCACUCUACACCCACAUGUUUCCAUGGAAGGUCGCUAACAAAACCAUUAAAUGAUUUGUUUUAUCAACAACUCAUUUGUAGCCUAACACGACAUGAAAAUCUACUGACCGUCCACAGAAAUACAGGGGGUUACCAUGUGACCACCUUUUAACCGAUGGAAAUGCGAGAAUCUUGUGGAAAGUGAAACAAAAUCGUCUCAACAUCCCAAUAGUGUUUUUUUUCUAUUUGAGCCGCGCCAUGAGAAAAAAAACCAUAGGGCAUUUGCGACCACCAUGGAUCCAGAAUCCAUGCUGUUCGCCUACUGUUUCUCAAAUUGCAGUAGGCUUUGAAAGCGAACAGCGUUGAUCCAGACCAGACUGCGCGGAUACGCAGGCUGAUCUGGACCCAUGCUGGUGGCAAAUGCACUAUGUUGAUUUUCUCAUGGUGCGGUUCAUAUUGCUACUUUUAUUUGUAGGGUUAUUUAUAUUCUUAAAAUAUUCUUAUUAUUUAACAAAUAUAUUUACUCAUAUUGAUUUGCUUUGUACAAUACAUAAGAUUUUGUUUAAUAUGUAUCACUUUGAUAUAAUUUCUGACCAAAUAAUUUGUCCUUGUAUAAUACAAUAACCAGUCUAGAAAAAGCACAACUGAACAUUCUAAACUAACCUUUAACCUGCUGUCGGCAAAUGAUUCUUCUUUUGCCACCAGUGCAGAUCAAGAUCAGCCUGCACAUCAUGGUCUGUAAUUUUCGUUUUUCAAUCUGUAAAUUUUCAGUGAAGACCCUUUCGAAUAAUAUAUCGUCUUCCUUUAAUUGUAUGAUGGACCAGUCCAUUUUAGAAAUUUAGCAGGCUAAAGGCUAAACUGCUGACAUUCUUUCGAUAAUAUAAAAUUAUUAAGACAUGAAUAUUUCUUUAUUACGUCAGAGUCCUUAAACUAUGUGCCCAUAAUGGUAACUCGGCGGAGUAUUUUAUCAUGUAUUUAUAAUGCUUGUGUUCAGCAGACUAGUCAUGCCGACACAAUUAUAGGUCAUAUUGCGGCUUUCCGAGUUGUACCGGAGUACCACAGGUACUCCGCCAUGCAUUAUGUCAUCACGGAUGGACAUUUGGGUAGAACCACCGACCUUCCGUCAGCCAGCUUGGUAGCUCCCUAACAUGCAGAAUUCAACGCCCCGAGUGAGGCUCGUCCAUCGGUGAGGGGCAAUUGUUUGUAGUCAGAGCCCCUAGCCACUCGGCCACAGAGGCCCCACAGCAGACAACAGCUUAUCCGUUCUUAUCCAUUUUCAGUAUAUACAGGUGUAGUUUACCUACUGUUUCUUUUUCAUUUGCAUACAUUCAUAUUUAAUUUUUAUAUACAUUUUUUAUAGAAGGGUUUAUGCGGUUUCAGAUUCAAAGGUAAAGUCGAAUUUCGUCAAUAGAAAAUGGAUAUAUAUGUAAUCUGCACCAUAUCGCGAAAAAGGACGAAAAUAUAAAAGAGAUAGCGACGCAAGUGUAAUAGCUUUACUUUUUCUUCGAAAAUUCGAACUAAAAACUAACAGGAAAACACCACUGUUUAAUCAGUUAUAAAGAAGAAAUGUCUUAAAAAGUUAAAAUACUGAUAAUAUAGUGAAUUUAUAAAUGGGUGUUACUUCACUAGAUAAAAAGAUGUUUCCGUAUUGUUCCUAAUUGAUCAUAAUUGAGCCGCGCCAUGAGAAAACCAGUAUAGUGGCUUUGCGACCAGCAUGGAUCCAGCCCCAUGCUGGUCAGGCUCAAUGCUGUUAGCUUUCAAAGCCUAUUGCAAUUAGAGAAACUGUCAGCGAACAGCAUGGAUCCUGACCAGACUUAGCGGAUGCGCAAAGUAAUGAAUCUUCUACGACCCACCACCCCGCUAAGUAAAAAAGGAAAGAAAAGAAAUAUUACUGCAUUAUGAUUGUAACGAUGACAAUUCUUCAGCCAUGAUAAAACAACACAAUUGUUAGUUUAUUUGUACAUCAAAUUGUUCCUGUGUGUGACACUUUAAAGCUAUGAUAUGUUUUAAAACCAUUUAAUUAUAAUCAGGUAAUAGCUUUUAGCAGGAAUUGCUACUUCUCUUUUAUGAAUAUUUGAAGCAGCUAUAAGUGAUAGCUUUACCAACUAAAGUGUUUUAGGCUUCAAUUUGCUAAUUAAUUAUCUUUUUAUUUUCAUUUUUUCAUUAAGUUGACACUUUUCUCUACUUACAUGUAGCGAGUCGCAAUUUUGCACUUUCCUAAUGAAUCAGGGUGGCCAUUUUAUAAAUUGCGUACAUGUUUUGUGCUUUUAAUUAAUGGCAAGAUGAUCAGAAUACAGAGUGUUAUCAAAACGAAAGGUUUACACAAUCAUUUAAAAUAGCAUGCCAAAGUCAUCAAUUUUGCACUUUUUGAACAGCCCUUAAUGAUCCCGCUGCAGGAACAAUUUUAUUGCAUUUCUCAAUUUAAUAGUCCCUACUGAACUUCAGGAUAUAAACGGAAUGGGGGCCCAUCCAGCUCGUUUUUUUUUCUCACAAAAUAACGAAAAAAUGUAUCAAUCAGCAAACACGGAACCCUUCCAUGAUUUGAAUUUCCCGCGCCAAGGUGACUCACCGAUUCAUACACAGCUAGCAGCAGUUAGUUUUACAAUUUACAUCAGAAUUUUACAUGUAUCGGCUGUUUAAAUUGUCUAAAGAAGUAACAAUCAUUAUCUCUCACUUUAAUUUACAGACAUCCAAAAUCACGAAGUUCUAAUUACAACAAAUAUUGACGGGGGCCAAAAUUCGGAGUGUACCCUUCUACCUUAAAGUUACAUUGAAAGACCAAUGUCAAGGUUACAAUGUAAGACCGAUGUCAGGGUUACAUUGUAAGACCAAUGUCAAGGUUAUUCUGUAAGACCGAUGUCAAGGAUACAAUGUAACACCGAAUUCAAAGUUACACUGUAAGACUUAUGUCAAAGUUACAUUGUAAGGCCUAUGUCAAGGUUACAUUGUAAGACUUAUGUCAAGAUUACAUUAUAAGACAAAUGCCCAUGUUACAAUUUAAGACCGAUGUCAAGGUUACAUUGUAAGACUAAUGUCAAAAUUACAUUGUAAGACCCAUGUCAAGGUUACAUUGUAAGACUGAUGUCAAGGUUACAUUAUAAGACCAGUGUCAAGGUUACAUUGUAAUACCAAUGUCAAUGUUACAGUGUAAGACCGAUAUUAAGGUUAUAUUGUAAGACCUAUGUCAAGGUUUCAUUGUACGACCAUUCCCGCGAACUUCUGCAGACGUUGAUACACACAAAAAAAAACGUGUAUUAUCCCUACAAUGUAAGAAAAUCUAUUGUUUUUAUAUAUUUCUUCAAAAGAUACUUUGCGGGGUUGUUACCUGUUUCAAACGUUUAAAUUUUUUCUAGUUAUUAAUGUUAUUGACGGCCAAGUGGUAAACAUUUUAAACGAAUUACUGUUAUAAGUUAUUAUAGUUUUUUCUCUUUACGAAUAUUAAUUAAUAAAUUCUGAGUUCUUCAUGUUGGCUUCUUGAAUCGUGAACAUUCUGUUAUAGUUCAGUCAUUUAUAUAUAUGUAAUAUGUUGAGCGCAAAUAACCAAUCUGCGCUAUUUACCAAACGCGCAGCGCAUAUAACAAAUAUUUGUACGUUGGUUAUAUGCGCAACGAUUUACCAAUUGUUGCGCAGGAUAAAUUUAACCUGCGCGAUUUACCAAAUGCGCAGCGCAAAUAACAAAUGUAACUUUAUAUAUCAGAAAUUUGCAUUUCGUGUUUGAUAAAUCAUGCAGUUGGUCAAUUUAUUAAUAAAUAUAGAUGUCAAAUGCUGAAUAUCUUGGUACUUAAAUUAUGUGUCAUAAAUUUGUUUCUACAUCAGUAAAUUCACGGCAGUCGGUCACCAGGUUUCAAUACCUCCGAUCUUAUACAAGAUGCAAUAAAACCCAAACAUGCGUGAAGGUGUGAUUUCCUCCGGCUUGCACAGGUCGUCCUCUGGUAUGUUUUAGGCUAUUUUUAUAAUUUUCUACUUCACCCGAGUACACACUUAGCAAAAUGUCGUUUUUAUUAUAUAUCUAUUGAAAUAUCUUGAAAUUUCACAAUAAUAUUCUUUUUACCAACGGGAGCAUAUCUCUCAACAUGUCUAAGAUAAAAGAUGAAAUAAAAAGGUCACAGAAUUAAAAGAAAAUUCUUACAGA